AUGACGACUCUAUCACCCCCAAGAACCAGUGCGUAUCAAUGCGGCAUAUGUCAGGAGCAUUACAGCCGCCCAGACCACCUUAUACGCCAUGUAAGAACGCACACAAAACAGCGGCCGUUUGUCUGUGCCGUGUGCAGCAAGGCGUUCGCCAGGCAAGACUUGCUGAAACGACAUUCUUUAGCUCAUCACAGUACGGACUAUGGUGCAAGUACGUCUCAGAUUCAAGAUGGUUCGCAGGCCUCUGGAAGAUACGCUCCAAGAGUCCGACAGGCAUGCCGGGCGUGUGCUCUGAAGAAACUCAAGUGUACAGACAGCAAACCCUGCCGGAGGUGCUCAGCCAAAAACAUCGCAUGCGAAUACGACCAGAGUCCAGAACCGGAGCCUCUGCAAGACCAGUCGCAAAUGGUGGUUGAAGAGAACACGGCGGAUAAUUUAUCAGUCCCGGUCGCAGGCUCAGAUUCUCACCACACUCCUGUGAGUCCGGAGAGGAAUUGGGUACAGCGACAACCAAGUGUCGAACAUCAUGUUGAAGCGUCGACCUCUUCCCAACCGAUGUUCGGCCUACCGGUGCCUCGAACGGAGGGAAAUCUGAGCUCAUCCAAUGAUGCCAUGUCCCUCGACGUCCUGGACUGUACGUUCGAUCCUCGUGAUUUGAAUCAUCCGAUGAAUCACAUGGAAAAUCUGAGCUCAUCACACGAUGUCGUGUCUCUCGACGUCUUGGGCUGCACGUUCGAUCUACCAAGCUUCGGGGAUUUCAUCCAGCAAGAUAUAGACUCGAAUUUCGGAGACCUCGAUUUGGCUCUUUACCCGGAUUUCGCCAUGACACCUGCGGCCCAGUCCAUCAACAACCACGAUUCGUCCAACUCUACAACCCUUGAAUCGCCUGUGAUGGGAAUGGGCACAGAAGCAUACCAAGGGUCUAACGUCCGGAGGGGAUGGAAUCCGACGCCUGGGGACACCAACUCAGAGACCGAAAGCCUGCAGCUACCGUCGAAUGUCAGGUCGGAAGUCUUGUCGUCGACAGUACAUGAUAGUCACCUGGCACUGAAACUGGAUGACAUGACUCUCAGUACGAGGGAUAGGAUCCUGGCCAUGAUUUACUCGAGGACUUCGAGAUCGAUUUGGGAGCGCCUGGGCACGACAUUUGAGUCAGUCGAUGUCCUCAAAGCGAUGAUUCACCAUGCUUUACUACAUCUACAAGAGCAACAGAUGAUUCCCUUCAUACACCUGGCCUCUUUCGAUAUCAAUGAACAAUGCCCCGAGCUCCUAGGUGCUCUCUUGGCGUACGGUGCGGUCAGUUUGCCGUCAGCUACUAUGCGGAAAUUCGGAUACGCCAUGCAAGAACUUGUUAGGCUCGCUCUCGAAGAUGAGCGUGCUUCGGUACGCGAGCUUGGCAUGGCACAAGCUUAUUACAUUCAACUGUACUUAGGGUAUUGGAGCGGCAUCAGCGCAAAAAUCGAAGUGGCAGAGAGCAGUUCGAUGCUUGGGGCCACGAUCCUUCGUAGGGGGAAAAUGUUUCAAGCUGGGAACUACCAGCCACCGGAGGCGUUCUUGUCACUUGAGGGGCUCUCUCUCCAGCAGCAAUGGUUGAGGUGGGCGGCGCAAGAGUCGUGGACGAGGCUGGUCUACUUUGCCAUGCUACACGACGCCGAGGUGUCCCUCUCCAGAAAACUCAACCCUCUGUUCGCGUACUCAGAGAUUGCCACCCCGCUUCCGGCGAGCGGCAAGCUGUGGGACGCCGCCACGGCCGACGAAUGGCACGGUGUCUUGAUGCGAGAUGACCAGCUCAGACUCCAUCAGCCACACGCCAUCAAACGUGUCCUGCGCGAACCGAAGCUGAUCCAUCAAGCCGAGCGAAACAUCGUCGACACUUCCGCGGCGGCCGCGGCCUUGUUGGCCGGGUAUUGGGGUCUGGUCUACGAAUAUCGCCAGAUGGAAGCUCUUCAAUCCGGUGUGGAGGACUGGAACAAUUUCGUGCUGAAAUCUCGACACGCAGAAUUGACUUCCCUGCUGGAGCAGUUGAAAAUGGAGCUCGCCGAGGUAGAACACCUGCGCACGGAGAUUGUGCUCCUGCAGGAGCUGAUUCUGUUGCACCUCAACGCGGCCUACUAUGACAUCUCGGCGUAUUCAGGUCGUGGGACGAUGGAAGACGCCCAAGCCGCGAAACCCUAUGUCCAGUGGUGGUUCGAGAGCCAGCAAGCCCAACAUGCCAUUUGGCACGCGGGACAAAUCUUUCGCUUCACAAAAAGUCUCAGACCGGGGAUGCUGUCCGACAUUUCCGUCAUUGCCCUUUACCAUGCCACCGAAACCAUGUGGGUGUGGGGUUUGAUGCAAAGGACUGUUCGUCAGCAGCAGCAGCAACAGCAUGCCGGAUUAUCACUAGAUGCAAGAGGAGGAACCAACAGUAACACCAGCAUCGUGUCGUCUUCGGUCGUGCUGGACGGAGAAGAGACUUCUGUUGUCACCAGAUUUUUGAGGUUGUCGCGCGGCCAACCAGGUGUGACGAGUUUGGCCAACCACUUUGUACCUCUCAUCGAGCCAGCCUCGGUGUCUGAUCUCGCAAACGACCUCAUCAAGGGUAACUGGGGCUCUCAGAUUCUUCCCUGGACGACAAGCGAGGUGUCUCGACUCGUGCAGGGAUUUUCGAAAAUUUGCCGCCGGAAACUCACCGAAGAUUAG